AUGGUGGAUACACAGCACUUCUGUCUGCGCUGGAACAAUUACCAGAGCAGCAUCACCAGCGCCUUCGAGAAUCUUCGUGAUGACGAGGACUUUGUUGACGUCACAUUGGCCUGUGACGGAAAGAGUUUAAAGGCGCAUAGGGUGGUCUUAUCGGCAUGUAGCCCCUACUUUAGAGAACUAUUAAAAUCGACACCGUGCAAGCAUCCAGUGAUAGUUCUUCAAGAUGUUGCCUUCACCGAUCUACACGCUCUGGUGGAGUUCAUAUACCACGGUGAGGUCAACGUGCAUCAGAGGAGCCUCUCCUCUUUUCUGAAGACGGCGGAGGUCCUUCGCGUCUCCGGACUCACACAGAAUGACGAUACUAAAGGGUCGCUGGUACAAAGCAUCGCCCGCGCAACCGCCGAGUCGUCUCCGCACGUAUCUCCGCAUCCCGCGCAUACCCCUCACACCCCGCACACCCCUCACACUCCACACACACCAAGCUACUCGGAGAAGCUGGAAGAGGCACUUCUACUGCCUCAACCCCUCAACCGCAGGAUCCCCAUGCCCCCGCGUCGAAUGUCACGCUCGGCUGACAAUUCCCCGGACGUAAUAAAGCGCGCACGCCACGACAACAACAAUGACCAAUCACAAGUACAUGAUUUCUCGACAAAGAACAACUCACUGCUGAACAAUCGUCACGAGCCUGGUAAUGGGAAUGGGAUCUCGAAUUCCAGCUCGUCACCAUCCCCCAAACUGAUGGAUGACGUGAAGAACGAGCCGUUGGAUAUGAUCUGCCAGUCGAACGCGGAUAUCGAUCGCAGUGCUGAUGAUACUCCGCCUCAUUCGCAUCAUAGACACAUGGGAGGGCCGCCAUCCCGCGCGAGCUCAGCCGAUGCCGACGACCGUACGCCACCGCCACAAAUGCCACCCUCGCCUUUUAUUUCGCCAGCUGAAGCCAAGCUCUUUCCAUCAUCGCAACACCACAGUUUCAACUACUCCAUGUUGACUGAUUCAUCGCUGACAGGUCUGCCGAGUCCCCUGCCUCCGGACGGCUUACCGGGAACAUCACAAGUGGGCCCGCUGGGCGCCGGGCACCGCUGCGAGGUGUGCGGCAAGCUGCUCUCCACGCGCCUCACCCUCAAGCGCCACACGGAGCAGCAGCACCUGCAGCCGCUCCACUCGGCGCGCUGCUCGCUGUGCCACAAGGUCUUCCGCACGCUCAACUCGCUCAACAACCACAAGAGCAUCUACCACCGCCGUCAGAGGGCGCCCGCUGGGCCUCUGCCGCCGCCGCAGCCGCAGAACCUUUCCACCGCACCCGACUCCAAGAUGCACCCCAGCCAACACCAUCACACCGUCGACUUCUACAAGUUCAAAGAUCAGUUUAACGUCUAA